UGGAGGAUCUUCUGACACGAUAUAAGCACGCCUAAGAAAGUACUCUGAGGCUAAAGGUACUGGCAGACAUGCGCGUUACCAAUCCAUAUGACGACCUGUUACGACUCCAGAGGAGGACGAAAGAAACCAUUAAUGACACCUGGAGCUGUAUUCUGGAAGAUGACGGCUUUAGAAAAGUCAAUGUGUGGGAAGAUACCAGUCUAAGCACAGAUUUCUUCUGGAUAAGGGAAGCGGCAGGUGAGGGCAAGUCUAUGCUCUUAGUAGCAGUCCUUAGACACCUACUCAAGCUCCUCCGAAUUCGUUCGCCGUCACUCUGUUUUGUUUUCCUCGAAAGCAAGACUAAGCUUGACAACAUGGCGGCUGCCAUGAGGUCGCUGAUAUGGAUGUUGGUUGUCCAACAGUCUAAACUGGUAUCACACUUGAAAGAGGAAUACGACCAGUCCGGGGGACGGGAUCCGUUCGCAGGUAUCAACGGAUCAAUUGCCUUAGCACGCGUCUUUCAAAGCAUGAUAGUAGAUGCCGAUCCUGUCAUGUUCGUCGUUGACGCACUUGACGAGUGUGAUCAAGAGCAAGACGAUCUUGUGGAGGUGAUAGGAACCUCGCUCCGCUCGGACAAGCGCCCCGAAUUUGCGCGGCAAAACAUCAGUGGCUAUCACGGAGGAUUGCCAAAACUCUAUGAUCACAAGCUUGACAGUUUGAAGCAAGAGAUUCAAGUGAAUAAAAGAGACUGGGACAGGUUUCUUCAGUGCGUGGAUGUGUUGAGACUCAUGAACCUGUCACAGUCCCGUCUCUUAUCUGUGUUAGAGCUUGAGGUACUCCGACCCUCCACUGCGGACAAAUGCGAACCAAUUCAGGCCGUCUCAGACGCCCGUUCUUUUUUUAUCAUCGAGGCCAACCAGGUUGAUGUCAGACACGAAGUAGCGGGGGAGUUUUUGAGGCGCUCAGACACGAUUAGGCAAUUGACCACUCUGAAUCACGAAUAUCUUUUCACUAGAUCAAUUGAACGGCUGUCCAAUCAUUUGAAACGAGAUAUAGGUUUGCUCAAGGAUUGGGCGUCCGAGACCCGUCGUCUCGAAUCUUGCACCAACGGCCGUUUGACUGGCUUGGAGUACUGCUGGCUGAACCUGCUCAGGCGGAUCCCGACUGUCCUUUUGUCGUUGAGAACGCUGCGAGCGAAACUCCUCCUGCGCUCGGCGGGUAACCCUUCACCAACAUCUGGUCCUUUAAGGGCUGCUGAGCUGGCUGUGCUUCUGACUGAACUCUUAAAAUAUGUCGGUCGUUUCAUGCCUGUCCUGGGCCAGUAUCCGCUCCAAGUUUACGGCGGCCCACUUGUAUUUUCUCCGGAACGAAGCAUGAUUAAGGAACACUUUAGGCAAGAAGGUAUUGCCUUGGUCGGUGAUGUUGAUGGGCCCGAUGAUAUUUCCGGCAUCAAGGAUGACUGGGGUCUAUGUCAACAGAGACUUGGGAGUCAUUGCGGUCCAGUCACAGUUCUGUGCUUUGCCCCAGAUGGCCAAAUGUUGGCAUCCGGCUCUUCUGGCCAAAUCAAGCUUUGGGCCAUUGACUCUACUAAUGUCGCCGCGGUUCCGGUUCGGUCAUUUCAGGUUGAGGGGGAAGGCGAGCCUUGUAUUGCCUUCUCCAGGGAUUCUAGCUUACUUGCCACUCCGCUCUCCGGAACGAUUCGCCUUUGGGCAAUAAACGCCGAGACAGAGACUGCCACUCCGAAAACGACCUUGAUCGAAGACAAAUAUUUCUCGAGCGGCGGACGGCUGGCCUUCGCGUCACGCCCAGAGGUGCAAGGGUUCUCGCAGAACGAGGAUGGCAAUCCUGGCCUUCAGACCGAUCUCUUCCUCUGGGACAUCGAUUGCAGUACGAAAGCACAGCAUGAUCGAAGAGUCGACACUGAAACCAAACCGGUAGUCUUCUCUCCAGAGGGCCGUCCGUUGAUGACCAGCUGGCAUUCGAGGAUCACCCUCUGCGAAGACAUUAACUCAAGUCCUGAGAGCCAGGUUGACCGGAAGGUACUACAUGAUCACAACAGCCUAGUCACCUCGCUUGCAUUCUCACCUAACGGUACAUUCAUCGUCUCGGCUGACAAAUCCAGCGCUUCUUCCCAAGGCUCGAGCAUCGACCUAAAGCCCAGCGCGUCUCCUCAAGGCCCAAGCAGAGCCACGGAUGGUUCAGCCAAAAGCACGCAGGAACUGAGGCAGUAUCUUGCCUUCUCCUCCAACGGAGAGAGACUGGUCUCGUUGGAUGAAAAUGGCAGCCUCCGCAUAUGGAUUGUUUCAGCUGAUGGAUCAAACAUCUACCAUAAAGAAAGACCUACACCACUCCCUGAGGAGCGAUCUUAG